ACACAUCAAUCUUCUUCUUCUCCUACAAAUAACCCCUCACCCUCAUUCCCUUUUUCCAUUGCAAAUCCAUAACCCCUUCAAACAACCAAACCCAGAUCACUGACGAUGAAGAAAGGAUCAACAAGUUCCGGCAACUUCGCCUCCAAAACGGUGGGAACCAUCGGUAUCAUUUCUGCCGACCCUGUGGAAACAACUGUAACCUUCAAUGGAGGAAAAGGAGUAGGUAGCUUCGAGACCAAAUCUCGGGUGAGUUACGGCGACAAGCAAAGUGGGUGCUACGGACGAAAGACGACAAAGGAGAAGGCGUCGGCCGGCGAGUUUCAGUGGAAGAAUGGAACGAGUGGGACAAAGAGCGAAUACAAGAAAAGUUCGACGGUGAGGGUCGGAAACAAGAGUGGGUACACUGAGAUUUACAGUGAGCAGAGGGUUCGUGACGUGAGUUACAACAAGAGCAAGUACCUCAUAGAAUACGAUAAUGGCGACAACGGUUACGUUUCUGACUACUAGUUGCAGGGUGUAAUUUGGUGUUUGUGUUUGUAAAAAGUAUCUACUGUUUUGGUUGCUAGUAGUUGAUGGGUGUUUUUGUGGGUAAUAAUGGAUUUGUUCUAGGGUAAUGACUGUUUGAAAUAAAGUGUACCUCUUCUAGAUAAACUAAUAAAUGUUUUAAAAAAGGGGUUGAUAUUGCCACCCUUCC